UUCCUGUAGUUCACGUUUUAAUGCCUAGCAUUAAAAUCAAAUUUAGUAUACACACACGAACUAUCUCCGUGCAUGUUACAGUAAGAAGAGGAAUACGCAAGAGAAAACGUGAUCAGAAAUGUAAGACUCAAGGGUUAAAGGAAAAUCCAAGAAUGUAUUUCUUUUCUAAUUGGAAUGGUCAGGGUUGAUUUUAUCCCAACAUUGAAAGGUUGGGAGAAAAAACAAAGCAAACUCCCGAGUAGGUAAUCACCUUGAAGUCGCACCUGCACAUAGCAUGUGCCCCUUUCCAAUAUGGCGGCGUCCUCUGCACCGCACGCGGAAACACCCUCUUCCACUCCGGCGCUUCCGCUUCCCGUGGCUCGUGCUAGUGAGCGGAGAAGAAAAAUGGCGGAGUACCAAUGGAGAGGAAUGGAGCCCCGGCUCUGUUCCAGCAACCCGAGGAGGGUCACCGUUUUGGGCUGGGUUUGUUUCUUCUUGACUGCCACCUUUGCAAAGCCCGGCGGUGCCACCACCCACUGGAUCGUGACAGAAGACGGCAAGAUUCAGCAGCAGGUGGAUUCCCCUUUGAACUUGAAACACCCACAUGACCUGGUGAUUUUCAUGCGACAGGAAACUAGAGUCAACUACCUCAAGGAGUUAGAGAAACAGCUGGUGGCCCAGAAGAUCCACAUAGAGGAGAAUGAGGACCGGGACACGGGGCUGGAGCAGAGGCAUUACAAGGAGGACACAGACUGCAUCACUGCCAAGGUCCCUCUAGGAGACCUGGACCUGUACGAUGGCACCUUCAUCUCCCUGGAGAGCAAAGGCAUCAGCCCUGAAGACUAUGUAGAUCCCAAGUCAGCACUACCUCCCGAUCUAGAGAAACCAGACUGUACAAAGAUCCUGGAGCUUCCCUACAGUGUGCAUGCCUUUCAGCACCUGCGGGGUGUGCAGGAGAGGGUGAACCUCACCUCCCCACUCCUUUCCAAGGAGGACCCCAUCUUCAGCUCUCUGUCCCGGAAGCUGGGGAGGAGCAUGGAGGAAGUGGGCCACCGGAUCCACGAGGCUCUGCUGCGGAACUCCUCCUCCUGGGUUCUCUACAACCUCGCGGCUUUUUACUGGAGGAUGAAGAACGAGCCACAGCAGGUGGUGGAGUGUGCUGUGCGGGCGCUGCAUUUCUCUCCCAGGCAACACAAGGACAUUGCCUUGGUCAAUAUGGCCAACGUACUGCAUCGGGCACACUUCUCUGCGGACGCUGCCAUUCUGGUCCACGCUGCCCUGGAUAUGACCUCCGACUUCCUCACCAGCCACUACACUUUGGGCAACAUCUAUGCGAUGCUGGGCGAGUACAACCACUCGGUGCUGUGCUACGACCACGCCCUGCAGGCCAAGCCCGGGUUCGAGCAGGCCCUGCGGCGCAAACACGCUGUGCUGUGCCAGCAGAAGCUGGAGCAGAGGCUGGAGGCCCAGCACAGGUCGCUACAGCGGACCCUGAACGAGCUGAAGGAGUACCAGAAGCAGCACGACCACUACCUGCGGCAACAGGAGGUGCUGGAGAAGCACAAGCUCAUCCAGGAGGAGCAGAUCCUGCGCAACAUCAUCCACGAGACCCAGAUGGCCAAGGAGGCCCAGCUAGGGAAUCACCAGAUGUGCCGCCUGGGGAAGCAGCAGAGCAGUCUGCACUGCCCUUUCGACCUGCCAGUGCGCUAUCACCGCGGGGACCUCUUCGAGACCGUGCACUUCAUACAGUUUGGAGAGGACGUGUCUGUGGCCAGCAGCACCCCCCUGAACUCGGAGCUCGGCCUCAACACGAGCCACGUCCGUGAGCCCUUCCUGUCCGUCUCUGGGGGCGCCAGCCUGGGCACCUUCUGGGGCAAAGAGCCCUCCACCUUCACGGAGAGCCCGGAGGUGCUGUGGCCCAGGAGGGAGGACUGUGCCCGCGCCUACCCCUCCGUCCCGCCGCCCGAGGAGCUGCCUACCUUCUUCCUGCCGCCGGAGAGCCGCGGCUUAGGGGUCCAGGAUGUGCUGUACCGGAACGAUCCACCCGAGACAUCUCCGUCAGCCCCUGACUGUGGCCCAGGGGCUGUCCCUGUCCUGGGGGGCAGUGCAGCUUCUCUGGGGAGGUCCCUGGAGGAGAGGGAGUUCCCAGACAGCCAUGCCAAACAGAUGCUGUUUGCGCGCAGCGGCAGCCUCAGCCACACUGAGGAGCAGAUUGGAGCUCUCAUAUCUCAGGCCUUGACCAAGUCUGCUGCCCCCCGGUGGCUGGUCAUGAACGAGGCAGCGCUCUUCUGGCGCGCGAGGGGUAAUGUCAGCUCUGCGCUCUCCUGCCUGCACCACGCCCUCAGUUCAGUCCCCCAGGAGCACCUCGACAUCCCACUGGUCAAUGCUGCCAACCUCCUGCUGCGCUGCGGGCUGCCUGAGGAGGCGGGGCACGUCCUGGAGCGCGCCGUGGCCAUCAACGGCUCGGAGCCGGUCACCCUCCUCAGCCUGGGGAACGCGUACCUGGCGCAGGGCAACGUGAGCCGGGCGGUGUCGGCGUUCCGACAGGCCCUGUCUCUCCCCGCUCCCUGCCCACACUGCGAGAGGAGCCUGCGGCUCAUCCGCUGCCUGCAGUUCUACCCCUUCCUGUACAACCUGACCCGCCCGCCCUGUGAGCCAGGCUCAUGUCACAGCACUGAGGAGAUGAGCAGCUCUGGGUCACAGCCAGCAGGUGCUGAGUCUGAGACGACUACACAGAGAAAGGAGGCUGCAGGAUCUGUUGAACUGCUUCCCAACACUGUGGGCGACUCCCUGCAGUUUGAGACUGUGGUCGUGGACAGUAACGGCUCUGGCGAGGCGGCGCAGCGCGUCGGGCGGCUGGAGGAGGAGGAGGAGGAGGAAGAGGAGUGGCAGCUGAAGGAGGAUCUGAUGGGGGCUUUCGAGGGGGCCCUGGACGUGAAAGGGCGGCGCGUGGACCUCCAGGGCAUCCGCGUGCUGAAGAGCGGGGCGAGGAGUGGGCGCGCCGGGCCCUGCUUCGGAAACUGCGAGGACGACGAUGAGGCCGAGUGGAUCACUUUCCAGGUGAAGAGGCUGAGAAAGCCCAGGGCAGACCCGUCCGAGGCCACAGAGGAGGGCAGCCCCCCGGGGGGGGCGGGCGCCCAGGCCCAGCCGGAGAUCAGCGGCCCCCGGAUCCCCUCGCCGGGCCCCGCAGGGAAGCGCAGGGACUACCUGAGCCUGGGCUGGCCCAGUCCGGACGAGUGCCAGCGGAUCCGCCGGGUGGAGCUCACCACCGUGGCCAGCACCUGGCUGGCCGUCUCGGCAAAGAACAUCGACAUCACCGAGCACAUCGACUUCGCCACCCCGCUGCAGGAGCCUGCGGUGGAGCCCGUGUGUAACCCCAACCUGCCGGCCUCCAUGCACACCUUGGACCACCUGUCCGGAGUGGCCAACCGGGGGAGUAUCCACUACACCGGAGAGAGCCAGCUCCGAGAGGUUCUGCAGAAUCUGGGAAAAGACAAGUAUUCUCCCCAGGCAUUUGAGCAGGUGGGAACACGCAUUGCCAAGGUCUUGGAAAAGAACCAGACGUCGUGGGUGCUGUCCAGUAUGGCGGCGCUCUACUGGAGAGUGAAAGGCCAGGGGAAGAAAGCCGUUGACUGCCUGCGGCAUGCCCUGAACUACGCCCCACACUACAUGAAGGAUGUCCCGUUGAUCAGCCUGGCCAACAUAUUCCACAACGCCAAGCUGUGGGAUGAUGCCAUCACUGUGGCCAGCAUGGCAGUGGAGAUAGCGCCCCACUUUGUGGUGAACCACUUCACCCUUGCCAAUGUCUACAUCGCCAUGGAGGAGUUCGAGAAGGCCAUGCACUGGUACGAGUCGACGCUGAAGCUGCAGCCAGAGUUCGCCCCCGCCAAGGACCGCCUGAGGACCAUCCAGUGCUACCUGCUGACCAAGAAGGAGCGGCGCGCCACCUAGUGUCAGGUCCAGGCGUGGCACUUGGCUUUCAGUGGUCCUUGAAAAUGUGUCUCCUCAUCGAAACACCUGAUCUCUCUGUUGAUCGUACCAGUUCCAGCUUCUAGACCAGGGCUAGCCAGACCGGGUCACUGAGCUUCCAGAGUCUCUCCAGCUCCAGGCUUCUUGGGUCUCCACCGAGUCAAGUCUGGAGCCUGGGAUUCAUCUUCUCUUCCCGAUUAACUGGGAAACCGUCGUCAUGGUCUCCGCUAUAAUUUGUUUUCCAUUCGUUUUUUCUAGAUUGAUUUUUAAGGAUGAUUGUUUGCACACUCUUGAUUCUGGAUCCUCUUUACCCCUGUGGAACUGAUUUUGAGGUUUUUGGACUUCACCAGAACCUGGUAUACAGACUUAUACAGAGGCCCAAUAGCAAAUUCAUGCAACACUUCCCAAAUUUGUUAUGAUCCAUUUAUAUUUGUAUUUAUUUAUUAUAGGAAAUUACAUUUAUAAUCAUCUUCUGACGGUAAAUUACAGUGUUCAGUAACUUCACACCAAUCAAAUGCUAAUGCAGACAUUUACACAAACAUUUGUAUUAGGCAAGAUAUCAGAUGUUCAAUCAAAUUUUAUUCAUGGUGGAAAUUUGAGGUUUUCUGGAAAUAGAGGCAGCUCUUAGAAUCAUCUUCAUAAUAGGUGCUACAGUAUAAGCAUUCUAACAAUUGGUAUAGCAAUCCCCCCACAAAUUCUUUUCAUUGUCCACUCUGUCGUAACGAAUGACUAUUAAAUAUAUUUAAUAUCUUAAAUUUAAAUAUAUUUAAUUUAAUGUAUUUAUCAGAAUUUGCAUCCGAUGGGGUUCAGCAAUACAUCCCACAAGCAAACCAGCAUUUGUAUUCCAGUCUCGGAGUAAUUACUUUAUCUCUUUAAUCAUAGGUAAGAAAAGGUCAUGUAUAUUAGAAAUGACAUAAUUGAAUGAAAACGACUGCCAUGUGAAGCAGCAUACCUUGUGUUUUUCAAUAUUAUCCCAGCUUAUCCAUAGGGUUGUGAUGUUUCUGGGUCAAUGAUUGCCUGGGUCAAUCUUUUUGGUGCGAUUGUCAUCUCCUAGUUAAAAUAUUUGAUCCACAGAUUCCUUGACUGUAUUGUGGAUGCCAGGAACAGAUGAGGAUAUGAAGGCAUAUCAAGUGUUCCUCAUGUCUGUGUCCAGAGCUAAGCCAUUGCGGUUGCAUAUUCACACAUUGUAUAGAACAGGAAAUCCAAAAUGUUCUUUAAAAACAAGGCAGGUCAGCUCUGAGUUAAGUUAGGGUUUCCACAAAUCUACUCAAGGGCGGAGGUCUGGGUUAUAGCAGUUUAUAAGAAACACCUUGUUUUGACUUUGGGCAUGUGUGGUUUGUGAUGUUUCUGGUAUUUUGGGACAGGAAGAGUGCGUGCUAUGAAUUCAAAACAGAAGGUACAUCAGCUGAAGCUGCCAUAAGGGAGCUAUGGUUAGGACACAAAUACUGGAAUGAAAUCGCAAUUGUUGUUUCCACUUCUCUUUUCAACCGUUACCACAGAAGCACCAGUAAUGUCAGAGUUCUAGUAUAGCAUAUUAGAAAUCAAAUAUUUUUUGGGAUGUGAAGAUGUAAGCUACACAUAUCUCUUCUCAAGCAAAAUUUAUUCUUGUGAUGUUCCAUCUGUUCAUUUGUAUAUGGAAAAAUAACAUACUCUAAUCACAAGUUUAAAAUAAUGGUGGUAAUCUCUCUUUUAUGAAAUUCUGUCAGUUUUUAAUGGGAAAUCUUAGUCAUUUAGCAUAAGGCAAAAAAUGAUUUAUUGUUCAGUUUUUCUAAUACAAUAUAGAAAACUGCUAUAAAUUAAUUUAAAACUGUGUGAAACAGGUUCAAGUCAAAUUGGUUGUGCAAAGCUGUGCCACUCAUAGUAUUUUAGGGAUAAAUUGAGCUAGAGGUCAAACUUCCGUACUGUAAUGGGGACCAUUCCUGGUUUGGGGACCUGUAGCUCUGUGGAAAAACAUAACUGAAUGGAGCAGAUGAGUGAGAUUUACACCUCAGUACUGAUAAUGUGGCAGGUAGUUAUUAAACUCCAUUGCCAAAUGUUGUUUACAACCAUAACUCAGGCCAAGCUUCAUUUCUACAGAAUCUUUUUUCUGAAAGUGAAAAUGUCUAAAAGGUGACCUCUUUGUGUUUAGCAGAAACAUUUCAAAUACAGGUGUGCAGAAACCAGCUCUUUAUAAAUCAUGUCUCAUAGGUUGUCCGUGAACAAUAGUUUUUUUUCUCUUUAAACCACUUCUUCUGUUUGUAAUAGUCAGAAAGUUUACUGUUUUACUGUUUUAAGUUGUAAUGGUUUCAUGGUGCUAAGUGACUGAAUUUCUGAUUUCUGAGUUCAUCUUCUAACCUAACCUCCUAAACUGAACGAUAGAUUGGACAUUUUUUACGUAGGAAUCUCUCUGGCUAUAUAGUAACUCUGGAUGUAGCAUCAUAGAAAGAAAACUCAUGUUUCUCCAACAUUCGUUCGGUCUGAAGAUUCUAGUAAUCUUGUUCAAGUAUAACACCACGAUUUCCAUCUGACCAUUUUAGACUUGUGAUUUCCCCACACCAGCCAUCUUCCACCAGAAAAUAGUUCUCCCAGAAAUUAAUCUCACUAAUAUGUUUCUUCGUACAGUUUCAGUUUUUGUAUGUUAUUAAUUGCUGUCCUGUUUCUCAAAAGUGGAAGUUUGAAGUAGCAUGGACCUUCACAUUUUGACUUUGUGAAAAUGAACAAUUUAAAGUAGAUAGGUAACAGCCAAAUGUUUUCUGUAGCUUCUGUUUGGAUGCUUGUCUGCAUCUCUGUUGUGCCCUUACAUGGAUAACUUUAUGGUGUGUGCUUAUUAUGCAUUCAUUGUAUACAAUCAGAUUGAAGAGUAACUCAAAUUUCAGCAAAGUCAUAUAGAAACAUGGUUUCAACUAACAGGCCAUACUGUAGCACAAGCAGAUUUUAUUUCCAGUAUGUCUAAUGAAUUAAUCAGUCUGAAUCCAAAGCUUAGUACUUCUGAAUCCCAAACAAAUUUCCAUACGUUUUUAAAAUCCUGUCUGCCUUCAGAUUGUUUUGUACUGUACAUGUGUCAGUUUGCAUUGUUCCUUGUUGCGAAUUCUUUUGCACUUGAACUCCUCUUGAAUCCUUCUUGAAAGCCUUCUUCUCCCAUCUGCAAUGAACAGGCAUGAAGAGUCAAAAUUUGCACACUUCUGGCCAAGUAACCUUUAUGAGGUGAAAAAAGGACAGUUAUUGUGUGUAUUCUGUUGCAAAAACUAGUUUUGAUUGCACUACUGAAUUGGUGAAUCUCUUGCCAAAGUGCUGACACAGACUUUGAUUAGCACCUGCAAUCUGUAUUAGUGUUUCUUCCUGUUCUAACAGUUUGGAAGAGCAUUAAACAAAGUGGAAAAACAAUGUUUUACAAGUUUCAGUGGCCACAUACCGAAUACAAUUCAGUGCAAAAGGUUAGAAGGGGAGAAAUAAAGCAAUGGCUGAAUAAGUGUUGUAGACACUAUACUUGAUCCCAUUGGUUUGUGGUUGUUCUUGGACAGAGUCCAAAAGGUCAGGAGUAUUACACAUUGCAGAACAGGUUGUAGUUAUGCAGCUCUUUAGAGGUUGUUGUGCAGCUCUUGUGUCAGCUUCAUUAGCUACAAUUAGCCAACAUAAUUCUGUUUUUCGACAAGGAUCUGGAAAAGGCACCAGUGCUUCUGUUCCUUAGUCCUUUAUAAACAGGAAUUUUUUACAGUACGGGGUACAGAAAAAAAUAAUCCAUGUUUAAUUUUUAAACAACCAAUAAAUUUAAUUUUCAGAUCUCGGAGAGUAACUUAAAAGUGUAUGCUGCCACUAUGUCCUGAAAGGUGCAGAGUAUUUGUAGAAAUGAAUUGGAUCUUCCUAAACUUCAGUGGAUCUCAUUGGACCAGUGCUAAUGAGGUAUUGUUACAUAUAUAUUGAAGACUACAAGGAGAUAGUGGAGCUGUGAUGUAUCAAAAAGUAAACUAGUACAGAGUGGGGCUAUACAACUGUUAUAGUAGUUUUGCCCGAGAGCUAAUUACAUUCUGUUUUGCAUUCUGCAGAUUUCUUCACUGCAUUGCUGUGCAAGGCUCCAGGUUGCUGAUAUUGAAGGCCUUGAGUUGCCUUAGUCACUCGCCAUUUAUAAGACCUAAAAGGCAGGCAGCUUUUGAUUAACAUGGAACUCGGAGUCCAGCCUGCACAGCUUCAGCCUGCUAAGUCCCAAGUGCUCAGUAACCAGUAUCUUCUGUCACAAAUACUUUGUCCUUUCCAUGGCUAAGCCACCCAUUGAUCCUUUGUCAGUUGCCACACUUAGGAGGAAACUUUCUGGGAAUUCCUUCCUGCUGGCAGUUCUGCGGUGUUCAGGUGUCGGGUUGGUCCUUUUAGCGCUCAGAACGUUCUGUCGAAAGCCUCCUGCCCUCGUACGAGCUCUCUUGACUGCCGGCAAUCUGUUGCAUUGACCUAUAAGCAAAGGCAUCCGUGCACGGAAAUCAGAACUCCACUGCGAUCCUGUUCUGAAUUCCCAAACCACACACAGUUCCAAAUGUUUCUUGUCCCAGCAUUCUCUUCUCUCCAAAUAUGUAUUUAGAACUGAAUGCCAAUCGCUUGGUGAUUUUUGACGGUGGUGAUUUUUGUCUUCCAGAGCAGCAGACCUACAACCAAACAUUUUGGGUACAAAACUACACUUGAAUUGAUGAUUGAUUUUUGUCCAUUUUCCUUUCAUUUCUGUAAUUUAGUUUUUUUUUCUGCCUCAAAUCAAAGGUUACAACAUUCAGGUCGCUAAAUUAAAAUGCUACAUUUUGAGAGCAGCUUCUUACUGUCUUUGUGAAGUGGUGCCCCUGCGCUGCAGGUGUGAAAAAGAAUAUGGAGUUCAGUCUUAGGUGAGGUGCCUUGUUUUACUGCUGAACACAACUACAAGAAAACCAUGUAAUUAAUGGUAAGACUGUUACUUCUUAUGGAAAAAAAACUGAAUAUUUGUGACUAAAGGGAUAUCAGAAUAAAGGAGAUUAAUAUAACUGUUAAAGCAAGUCUAAUGAGAUUAAAAAUAAUGGAUGUGUAAAUAAAUCAAUAAAUAUGUCAGGGACCAGGAAUGUUGUUUUGUUAAUUAAACAACCAUCAAAGU